AUGUCGAUCAGUUGGGGUACUCAGUACGCGAAACUGAAGACGAAUCUUCGUUUAGCGAUAAAUCGUCUGAAAAUGAUGGAGAAGAAGAAGACUGAGAUGGCGUUGAAAUCACGUGGAGAAAUCGCCGAUUUCAUUGCUGAGCACAAAGAAGACAGAGCUCGAAUUCGUGUUGAGCAUAUAAUACGUGAAGAUUUUUUGGUUGAAGCAUACGAAUUAUUGGAGAUGUACUGUGAUUUAUUGUUGGCCAGAUUCGGGCUUAUACAACAGAUGAAGGAACUGGAUGAUGGUAUCGCAGAAGCGGUAAUCAGUAUCCUAUGGGCCGCACCAAGAGUCGCAACUGAUAUAUCAGAAUUCAAGGUGAUCAGUGAUCAAUUAACGCUGAAAUAUGGCAAACCGUUCGCAGAAACAGCUCGCAGUAAUCAGUUGGAGUAUCCAGCAAAGGUGGCACCGAAGCUGAUUGCGAAGCUGAGUGUGCAUGCACCACCGAAAUUACUCGUGGAAAGAUAUAUGAUCGAAAUUGCAAAAUGUGCAGGUAUACCGUUCACACCGGAUCCGGAUGUGAUGCGCGAAGAUGAAGUGGCAGCCGCUGAGCAAAUGUUGAUCGACUUCAAAAAUCAAGGAGGAGUUAGUUUNUUUUUUCUAAGGCAAACCACAAACAACUUUCAGCAAGGCUACGGUUGGAUGUAUCCGCCGGGUGAAGGACCACAAGGUGGUGGUGGUUCGAAUAACAAUCCGUUGCCACCCCCUCCUCCACCAGGUGGAAACGGUGGAUCUGGUUACUAUCCAGGACCGCCGCCUCCUCCGCCAGGUUACGGCGGGAAUGACUAUGGAGGUGGUUUCAAGGCUCCUUUACCACACGUACCUACUCCGGGUCCCGACAUGAAUGCAGCUGCAAAGUCUGUUCCAUUUAAUUAUCCGCAUCUCAGUCAGAUCAGUGCACCAGUGGAUGAUACGGCAUCCGAUGAUAUAACCAAAUUCAAACCACCCUCUUCAAACAGUCCAGCCGGUAGCUAUCCGAGUGCUCCACCCGCAUUUGCCGGCCCACUCCCCCCAAAAGUGCCACCUCCAGAUGAAAUCGACUUCCCAGAACCACCAUCAGAUUCACCGUUCAAUUCAGCUUCACCAUACCAACCACCGGCGCCAAGAGGAAGUGGUGGAGCAGCAUCCGGUGGGAAUGCGCCUCAUCCACCAGAGGAUGAAUUGGACUUUGAAGAUUUAGCGAAACGUUUCGAUCAAUUGAAGAAGAAAAAUGCGAAGUAG